AUGACCGGUCCUACUGCAUCCCUUUCACACUUGAGCCGCGCCGACGGUUCGGCAUCCUUCAAAUGCCCGACCACUGGCUACAAUGUGUUGGGUUCCGUCAAUGCACCCAUCGAGCUCCCAGCUCGCCGUGACGCCCUGAAACCCGAAGAAGCCACCGUUGAGGUCUUUGUUAAGCCUGGAAAUACUACUGCUGGAGUCGGGGAGCGAUAUGUGGAGGGCAUCCUCCGGACGAUGCUGCAAAAGGUGAUCCUCGGGCGCGAGCGUGGAUUCCCUCGCCGCGGUGUGGUCAUCACGCUUGCGAUCCUCGGCGGCGACGCGGUGGAGCGCGGCGACUCGUAUCUUACUCUCCUCCCGGCUCUCCUCCAAACCUCCCUGCUCACCUUGCUCUCCGCUGGUGUCCCCAUGUCCAUGACCUUUUCCACUGCAUUGUUGGCUGUAACCAAGUCGGGCGACAUCAUCAGCGAUCCCUCUCCCGUCGACGCAAAGACAGCCUCGUCUCUGCACGUGCUGGCGUUCUCACCCAAGGGCCACCUUCUACUCAACGAGAGCCAGGGUCGAUUCGAUUUCGAUACGUGGGAAUCAGUCCGAGAGCGCGCAUACUCUAGCUGCCGAGGUGCUGUCAUCACCGGAUCUGACGGAGAUAUUGCAAUGGGCGAGGAGGGUGAGGAUAGUCGUGCUGAGGACUUUAUCCGCGAGACAGUGGAGGACCAUCUGCACCGCGACUAUGCCUGGAAGAUCGACUCUGCUUGA